AUGAGCACCCCAUUGAUUUCGAGUAAAGCCAAUCUCCCUUUUCCCAAGAUGGUCACAGUUUCAAUCCCUCCAACAACAAGGACGACCAUCAUGCCUACUACAUCCUGGAUCAAAGUCUCUUACACAGCCACGGCAAGCCCAACCCCAACCGCAUUUAGAUCAACGAUCAUUAAGGAAAGCUGCGAUACUAGCACCUUCGCGGGUCAAGUAUCCUGCCGCACCGAAGCGGGAAUUCUCGCCGUGUUGUUCAUCUUGCUCUUCUUAUUCCUUCUCGGCAUCAUAGUGUUAUUCAUCUUUCUCCGAUGGCAACGACUCCGCAGAGAAUCUCUCGGAGUUAACGAUGGUGGUGAGAAUGGUACUGCACAAUCUGAGUCUUUUGGCAUGCGAGCAUUUGAUAGAGCAAGGGGGUUGUUGACACAACGGCCACCCACAGCGGUGCUACCAUCGGAUUCAGAGAGAUCUUCUGCGAUUUCUCUACUACGGUCUCGUUCUCGGAGCUCUUCUACGAACUCGGCUGUGGUGGGGAUUAAAUUAGUGGUGAGACGGGGAAGUGAACUGCCUUUGCCUGCAUUCCCUUUCCAUGAACCGCAAUCCUCUGAAUCUUCAGGAUCGUCUUCUCCUGAGGCAGCUUUCCCUGAAACGGCAUUUCCUCUGUUACGAGACGGGCCUGAGAGAAACCUACAGCUUGUUGAUGAGGAGGGGUAUGGUUCUCAAGAAGGGGAGUUUGAGCAUGUGGAUGAUUCGAGGAGCGGAUCUCCAGAGAAAAGGGAAGUUUCUGGUAGGAAUUCAGUGGGUGAUGAUGUAUUCAAAGUGUCUGGUGAGAAGACUAAGAAGAGUAAGAUCAAGAUGAUUCAUGAAGUUCAUCAUCUUAGUUCAAUUGAAUCCGAGGUUGAAUUCGAUCUCGGUAGUCGUACUUCUCGGGCUAAUUUUGAGGGCGAGACUACAAGUGACUCUAGUAAUAGCUUGCCAGGGCGUGGUCCAAACCCAUACAGCUUCCCUGGUUCUGACACCAAACUCGCAGACGACGAAGGUAACCGCCACGGGCUUUCCCCAAAAUCCAUCAGAGACACAAAUAGCGUCUGCAGUUUCCCUUGCUCUCACGAGGAGCUUGCUCAAGAAGAGUACCACAUCCAGUAUCCUUCCGAAACCGGCGUGAGAGAAACGAGUAGCGUUUACAGCGUUCCUAGUCUACCUUCCGAACACGCAGAAGAUGAAUCUAACAUUCGAAGCCAGGAGGAAGAAGAUGUUAGUACCUCGGAACAACCAAGUAUCACAGAAGUGGCAUCCAUGCGAGGAAGUCCUCAUUCCAGUACAUCUUCAUCUACAACAUCACUUCCAAAAUCAGAAGAUGAGUUUGUAGUUAUUGCUUUGGACGAGAGUGGGGGAAAGGUAAGUGUGCCUCAUGGUGAAGAUACAGUAAUUCUUCAGAAUAAGAAGAUGGGGCCCCGAGAGGGUCAUGAGGCUUAG